AUGGUCACUAUACGGAAGAGCUCGGCUAUUACUGGUAAAAAGAAAGUGACAAAACUGGCCAAGAGCAACAAAGUCAAGACAAAUAAAACCACUAAAGUAACAAAAUCGCAAUCCAAAUCCACCAAAAGCAAAAUCCAAAAACUCAAUGCCAAUGACAGUGAAAUCAGAGAAAUCACUUCGUUGCUCGGAACGAAUGUAGCCAAGGGCCAUACAAAAGCAUUGGACUCGCGAAGUCUCCAGGCAGAUUUGAAAAAGGAUGAACAGACCAGAGCUGACAACAAGAAAGUUGAGAACGAUCUUACUUCUCAAUUGGAGUUAUUGACGGGGAUGGGAUUAUAG